AUGUCGGACUCGAGCCGCCCGGGUUCGGCCAACUCCAAUGAUACCUUUAAUAUAAGCGAGUCCUUGGUGCCACCAAGAGAACUCAAAACAGCAGGUCAGAGCCAGGUUUCUUUUGACGGGCUUCUACAACAGCCUCUGCUGCUCAAGGAGGACCUGAAGGAAGGAUGUGGCGGCCAGCUCUGGCCUGCUGGCAUGGUUCUCGCCAAAUAUCUCCUUCGUCGACAUCAGUCAACGCUCGUUGAUAAGACAAUUGUUGAGCUUGGAGCUGGCGGUGGGCUCGUGGGUCUAGCCAUUGCUUCUGGGUGUAAAAUCGGCCCAUCUCCCAUCUACAUCACAGAUCAAUCGCCAAUGCUCUCUCUUAUGGAAGCAAAUAUCGUGCUCAAUAGCCUGUCUUCUACUGUACAGGCUGCGGUCCUAGACUGGGGCGAACCGAUUCCGAAUAUUAUUCCAAAGCACCCAGACAUCAUUCUCGCCGCUGACUGCGUCUACUUUGAACCCGCCUUCCCUCUUCUAAUAUCGACCCUGCACGAGCUUCUAGGUCCCGAUUCAGUUUGCUACUUUUGCUUCAAGAAACGCAGACGGGCAGAUCUACGAUUCUUGAAGAUCGCCAAAAAAGCGUUCCAACUCUCCGAAAUCAGCGAUGACCCAGAUGCGGAAACCUAUAAGCGAGAGAAUAUCUUUGUUUACGCUAUCCGUUCAAAAUUGGGCACCAACAGCAAAAAUAUUGCUAGAUGCUAG